GUCACAUUUCUGGCCUUUAUCGUCCUCUAGAUCUCAGAGCCGGAAGUUUAACGCCCAUAGUUCUGGGCUCGCAAAAUGAAUAUCAUUGCCUCCAUGAUACGAUCGAACGUACCAGUGGCCUAUUCUCAUAAACACAAUUCUCAAUCUUGUCAAACGGUGGGCUGCUAAGUGGGAACACCACAGGGCAUUUCAAAAACAUCUGCAAGUUCAGAUAAACACUAUUUUUACUGCAUCUGACCGGAGGAUUGUGACCGCAGACAUAAACAAUAUAUCCUGUUACCUAUCCAAGCCUGGAGUCAAGCGUUCCUCCAUAUCAUCCCCAGCUAAACGACCGCCGGCCUUCGUCUCGGCCAGUGGAGCGUCCAACGCAGAGGCAACCGAUGAACCAGCCCGAUGGCCCCCACGACCAGCAAUGCGGCUGUAUACACCCAGCACUCACCACUGCACUCGGCCAGCUAUUGGGGCCACAUGGAGUGUAUGUCCAGCCCACCAUCAAUUCCCGGACGGUCGCCCAAUAUUCCGUGACCUCAUUCCUGACCACCCCACCCUCUACCGAUACCAUUCAGGCGUCAAGCACCUUCCCACCCCAGGACAUACACAUGAUUCACACACAUGCGUCAUAUUCCGUGCAGCCCAUUCCCGAGCUCAUCAGCAAUAAGGAUGGGAACUGGACACUCACAUUAAAUGUCCCUAUCCCAGAAGAUAAGGUCCACCCAACACUCACAUCAUUCUCGUAUACGGUUAAAUAUAGCACAGCAAAUGAUCACUGGGCUUCUGUUGUUCAAUCCAAUAUUCUACUUGCCACAGCUGAUUCAGAGGUAAUCCCGGAUGGGAUCAGCACGAAUUCGAAUACCCACGGCAGCUACCGCGGUGGGAUAACUGUCGUGCCUCGGACUCGUGAGGGCGCUGACACCGUGUGUCUUUCAUCCGUACUGGCCAUCAAGAAGAACGACCUGCAGGGCCAGUGGAACCACUUCGUGGAUCACCAACAGAUCAUUCUUGAUGUCCGCAUUGUCCAGAGGAGCCACUUGUACCUGCAGUUCCACGUCUCAGAGUAUCCUACCUCGGUCAUACUACGCUCUCUUUCAGUGGAUGUCUCUGCCACUUGGCUUAAUGACCAGGAAGGAGGGCGUCUGCUUCGUGAACUUCAUGAAUGUGAGAUGCAGGCCGAUGACGCGGAAGCACAGGCAGCUGCCGAGGAACGAGCCAGGAAGGUGGCAGAAACUCAGCAGGCAACUGAUGAGCUGGCCGAAGAAGAAGCCAAGGAGAGGCAGCGUGAAGCCGAGAGGCAGUCGGUAGUAGAUGAAAGGGCGAGAAAGGAGGCAGAAGCUGAAGCCAAUAAAGCGAGCUCGGAAAGACGAGCGGCGGAACUUGCCAUAGUGGAGGCAGGGAAGCGUUCCCGAGAAGAAGCUGAACGUGGGCUUCAUACAGGAGAGGAGGGUGUCACGGAUGCCAAUGUGCAGGCGGGGAUCAAGAGUACACUCAAUCGUCUUGCAGAGGACCGAAAAUGUAGUGCGGGAUAUAAUUGGUUUCCAGAAGCGCAUGGUUCCGGUGCGGAGCAGGCAGUCAUUUCAUUUCUUGGGAGGAAUUGAAUGCGGCUUGAAGCCAAGCCAUUCACCUCUACAUCGCAGCAAUUGCCCGAGUUGUCGACGGUGCCCUGAUUUUCACUUCCUUGUCAUGUACUCUUGACAGUCUGUUAUGCUCCGGGACCUUAGGCAGCCUUCAUUAAUAUUUGAGCGUUCGGUCGGAAAAGGUUACAUACGCAGUAUCGGUUAUACAUUUCUCUUGCUCGCAACCACAAUUCCAUAUGA